AUGGGCGAUCUCUCGGUCUCGAACUCGGCCAGUCCCCCGGACUUGGAGCGAAAUGAUAGUGGCCACUUCUUGAUGAACCAGAUAGUCCAAAGUUUCUCGUGGCAUGGUCUGACGGUCACGGUCAAAGAUCGCGAGACAAAGCAGGCCCGCGAUCUGAUCAAUGACAUAAGCGGUGAUGCGCAACAUGGGGAGCUAGUUGCCUUGAUGGGGCCCUCUGGCUGCGGCAAGACGACCCUGCUCAAUGUCCUUGCUCGACGGGCCGCGUCAUCUGGCGCGAAGGUGCUCGGGGAGACAUAUGUGAACAACUCACAGGUUGACUCAAAAGCUUUCCAACGAAUGACCUCGUAUGUCGAGCAGGAAGAUGCGUUGAUAGGGUCUUUGACCGUUCAGGAAACGUUGAAGUUCGCAGCAGAUCUCUCAUUGCCAAGUUCCGUAUCAAAGCUCCAGCGCAUGGACCGAAAUCGAACACUCUUAGAAGCAUUUGGUAUCCAAAAACAAGCAAACACGCUGGUUGGAACCCCCAUUCGAAAGGGAAUCAGCGGUGGUCAAAAGCGGCGGGUGAGCGUUGCCAGCCAGCUCAUCACCUGUCCCAAGAUUCUAUUUCUGGAUGAGCCAACCAGUGGCCUGGACUCCACAGCCAGCUUUGAGGUAAUUUCGUAUGCAAAAGAGCUUGCUCGGGCCAAUAAUCUCAUCAUUAUUGCGAGUAUUCACCAACCAUCGACCACAACAUUCAGACUUUUUGAUAAGCUCCUCCUCCUUUCAGCUGGGAGAACAUGUUACUUUGGGUCAACCAUAGGGGUGGAAAGUUACUUCAAUUCCAUCGAAUAUCCAAUCCCUGUACAGACCAACCCAGCCGAGUUCCUGUUGGAUAUUGUCAGCUCUGAUUUCACCAACUCCAAGGAAUUGGCCGGUGACCGAGUUCAAAUCAUUCAGAAUGCCUGGGCGAGAUCAAGUGAGGCAAAUGCUAUCACCAGACAGAUAUCCGAGCGAUUCCAUUUAGUUGAGAAAACUGCGAACAAAGGAUCCGUGGAAGACAUGGCCCGACCAGGAGGCUUGUCAAUUACCGCGGCUCUUUUGCAUCGCUCUUGGAUCAAGUCUUACCGGGAUGUCAUCGCAUAUGGAAUUCGCAUUUUUAUGUAUCUUGGAUUGGCUAUCAUGAUGGGUACAGUAUGGCUACGACUUCACCCCUCACAGGAGUACAUUCAGCCAUUCAUCAAUGCUAUUUUCUUUGGCUCCGCGUUCAUGUCUUUCAUGGCUGUAGCAUAUGUUCCGGCGUUCCUUGAAGACCGGGCAACGUUUGCAAAAGAGCGGGCCAACGGGCUAUACGGUGCAACACCAUUCAUCGUUUCUAACUUCCUCAUCGGGCUGCCCUUUCUGUUCCUCAUAUCGCUCCUCUUUUCAAUUGUCUCAUACUGGCUCUCGAACUUCCAACCAACAGCAGAAGCUUUUUUCACCUGGGUGAUGUGGAUUUUCCUUGAUCUGGUGGCCGCCGAAUCGCUGGUCGUCCUCGUGACAGCGAUAUUCCCAAACUUCGUGAUCGCCUUGGCACUAGUAGCGUUUGCAAAUGGACUGUGGAUGAGCGUCGGAGGGUUUCUGGUCACGCCGACGAUUCUCAAUCCGUUUUGGAAAUACGUGUUCCACUACAUCGAUUACCAGGCAUACGUGUUCCAGGGUAUGAUGGUCAAUGAGUUCGCGGAGCGGAAUUACUCGUGCGGUGCCCACUGUCGGUGCACGUAUACUACUGACCUCGCGGAUCAAUGUCUCAUUCGUGGCACUGCGGUCCUGGAGUCAUAUGGAUAUGCUACUGGUCGAACUGGAAAGUGGGCCGGCAUUCUAGUCGGUAUCAUUGCGGUUUACCGGCUAUUGGGAUGGAUUGCCCUCUAUCUGCGCCGGAACUAG